UAGCAGUAAUUACUUGAGCCUUAUGUGCAUAUAAAGCCACAAAUAAUGUUAGAUUUUCGGUGAAAGUCACAUUGUAAAGCCCCUGAUACACCAAUCUUCACAUUGGAGCCCGCCCCCGGGGUUAUGGUGAUUAUAUUCCAAAUCCACCAUUCUGGUUCCAUUGAGCAGCCUUAGAACGCGUCUGUGGUCUGCGUACUUGACCUGAACACCGUGCUGAUGUGGGAAAGGAUUGGACUAGCUGAUAUGCACCCGUGAAAACGGUCAUUUAUGUGACACUAUAUACACUCUGUGACAUUUAACGUUUGUUUUUAUGAUUUCAACUGCGUGUCUGUUUUGAUCCGAUUUUGGUAGUCAUACAUUUGACUAGAAAGGUACCGCUAGCACGGUAUUGGGUACUGUCUACAGACUUGCGUCAGCAUAGUAGGAUAGCCACGCUAGCUAGCUAGUAACGGACGUGAUGGUUAUUUUUGGGAUGAGUGAGUGCUGGCAUGUAUAAAAGCAAUAUUUAGCCAUAUAAGCAUAGCGAACGACUGGUUCGUUUUAUACCGUUGCGUCUUUUAAUUAGUUUUGUUUAGCAUCUUGAUUUCGUAUUCAGUUGCCAAUAUGCUAAAAACGAUUUACAUGGUACAGUAGUUUUAGUUAAGACGUUUUUCCGCAUAUGGUCAGUUGCAUUGGUUGAAUGUCGUACAAGGCGCCUUAUAGAAAAUGGACCUGAAUUUUUACGCUGAUCUAACGGAUGGGACCGGGCAACACGGUGAUUCAGAGUUUCUGGACCCUGGUUCUUUCAAUGGAUUUGACAAUAAGUUCCCCGGAGGCACUGAUAACUAUCUCACCAUCAGUGGGGCAGGACAUCCCUUUCUCUCCUCCUCUGAGACGUUUCAUACCCCCAGUCUGGGAGAUGAGGAGUUUGAGAUCCCCCCCAUUUCCUUGGACCCGGACCAAGCCCUCACCGUGUCCGACGUGGUGGCGCACUUCGGAGAGCUCUCGGACGGGGAGCGAAGCAGCCUGUCUGCCGCCGGGAACGCGGUGGUCGGGGCGGAUGAUCCAUCCUUCGCGUCCACCUUCGUCAACCCGGGGUCCCAGGGCCUGGACAACCACCUGACGCUUGGGGGCAUGGGUCAGCCUGGCGGAGGGGGAGCUAUGCUUGGGUCGGCUCUGGGCAUGGAUCUGGGCCACCCCAUUGGCUCCCAGUUCAGCAGCUCUUCUCCAAUGACCAUAGACGUCCCGCUGAGUGACAUGGGCCACGGCCUGUUGGGCCACAACCAGCUGACCACUAUUGACCAAUCAGAACUCAGUGCCCAGCUGGGACUGAGCCUUGGGGGAGGGGCCAUCCUGCCGAGGUCGCAGUCGCCAGACCAACCACUGUCGGCCGCUGCUUCACCAGCUGGCUCCCUACAGGACGACGAUAUGGACGACUUCCGACGGAGCGUCUUGGUCGAGUCUCCCAUGUCUCUGGGUGUCAUAUCUCUGGAUCCCACUCUCUCCGACUCCCCGUUUCCUACCUCCGGCCCCUCCAGCGCCCCCUCCACCCUGGUCCGGAGAGGAGGUGCAGCUGGAGGAGGUGGGAAGAAAGGAAGGAAGAAGAAAGACCCCAACGAGCCCCAGAAGCCUGUGUCGGCCUACGCUCUGUUCUUCAGGGACACGCAGGCUGCCAUUAAAGGCCAGAACCCCAACGCCACCUUCGGAGAGGUGUCCAAGAUAGUGGCCUCUAUGUGGGACAGCCUGGGGGAGGAACAGAAACAGGUGUACAAGAGGAAAACUGAAGCAGCGAAGAAGGAGUAUCUGAAGGCUCUGGCAGCUUAUAAGGCAGAUAUACUUUCCCAGCCGACCAUCGAGGUUCUGGACACCGCCCCUUCGCCUCCCUCUCCGCCUCCCCCCGCCCCACUCCCAACCCCCGCCGCGCCUCCCCCCCGCUCCAGCCGCUCCUUCGCCCCAGAGGAGAACACCAUCACCAACAUCUGCACCUCCAACAUCAUCCUGGCGGGUGGCGACCUCACCCAAGUCACCACCCGCUCCCGCACGGGGGCGCACAAACCCCCCGCCGCCCCUACGCUCCCGCCGGCCCCGCCCACCGUCGCCAAGAUCAUCAUCAAGCAGCAGACGUCGCCGUCGGGGGUGACGGUGGUGUCGAGCAGCACCGUGUCGUCGGCCCGCCAGCCCCCACCGCUCCAGCAGAUGCAGAACACGCCGCCACCCCCCCGCCUCCAGCAGAUGGUACACGCCCAGGCGCCCCCACCGCUCCAGGCCAAACCCCGGCCCGGGGGCGCUACUGCCCCGCCCCCGCUUCAGAUCAAGAUCGUCCCCCCUGCCGCUGAUCUGGACUCUCCCAUUAUCGUGACCGCAUCGGGGGGGUUAACGGCGUCGGGCGUGGACACACCAGCCUCGGGGGCGGAUGUCCAGUCGGCCGCCAUAGUGACGGCGUGUUCGACGGAAGACGGUGUCGAAGGAGAGGAGGCGAUGCAGGUGGAGUUGAAUGUGUCUCCGGGGCCAGACGUAACCCAGACCACCUGUCCUAACAUCUGUGUCCGAGCCGGCUGCAGUAACCCGGCUGUGGAGAACAAGGACUGGGACAUGGAGUACUGCAGCAACGAAUGUGUGGCCACGCACUGCAGGGACGUGUUCUUGGCCUGGUGUGCGAUUCGGGGGCAGAACUCCACCACUGUCACGUAGGGAAUGGACGAAAGAGGAGUGAGAGAUGGACAUGGAGAGCAGAGAGGGCCAAGGAGUGUACAGAAGGUGGACACGGGGGGAGGGGGGGAGACGGAGCGGGACUCGUGCUGUUUUCCACAACCAGACUUUGUCCUCAAAGAAGAAUCAAGUGGAAGACCAAAUCUCCUGUGAUGAUAAAUUAUCAAGUUUAAAUAGAGUAUUUUAUAUGACAUGUUUUUAAUCAUUUUAAAAUGUUGGGAAAGGUAAUAUAAUGCUACAGGUUCUCCUGGUUUGUCUCUUGGGUUUCGUAAGUAGUUGGACAAAGGGCACCUCUUUGGAAAUGUCACUGUAAAUGAUACAGUAGAUCUCUUACCAUCUCUGACAAAUGACAUGAGUUUUGUCCUGGCCACAUGAUCAAACAGGACAUAAUGACCAUUUUCUUCCUGACCAGGUUACUUGAUCUGAAAAAGAAAUCGCAACCCUAUCCAUCAGCCAACUCUUAUUUUUUUUUGGUCUGUGCCAUCUCUCUUCUGACUGUUACAUUGAAACAUUGUUCCCAGUCUAAAUAGUGUCCUACUCAACAAGUGGUUGAAGGCCUCGCUGUGGAUUACGAUUGGCUAGCUCUGCCCUACCAUGUUCUAAUGGCUAAAGUUGAUUUUAUCUGUCGUUGAUUUCCAGUGCUUUAAUAAUGAGGCAUCUCUAUCCAUUCCAUUUAUAUACAUUAACACUAAUGGAUAUGUUGUGCCAUAAGAAGAGUAGAAACCAAAAUAAUAAUAAUAAUGAGUGGUAUCCUGGCUUUAAAUUCUACCUGUGACAGGAGCUAAACCUCAAGACUUCCUUUCUGAGUGUACCACAUACUGAAACCAGAGGUGAAAUACUUCCCUCUCUGUAAGUGGUACUGCAGGUAAUUGUCAGACCGUCAUAUGGCUGUUGCUUCCCAUUCUAUCUGAAGCCUCCUUCCAGCCAAAAAGUCCCAUCUAGCAAACUGGUCAAUGGUUUCAAAGACAAAAUAAGUGACUACUGAUUUUAGCUGUACAUCUGAACCUCAUUUAGUGGGGAUUGUGAUCGUUUAUAUGCCCGAGACAGGAAGUCCCUUUUUGAGAAGUCGGGGUUUUUUUUAUAACAAUGGCCGAGUCCCAAAUUAACUUCAUUGGGCAAACGUCAGGAAUGUUUGCAUUUUGGUAGUUUAGCAGGCACUUUUAUCCAGUCCGACUCGGCACAGAGUGCAUGCAUUUCUCUGUCCCGUGCGGGAAUCCAACCCCUGGCGCUGCCGGUGCUCUGCUCUACCAACUAAACGACGAUGAGCAGAACCUUGCUGUGGGUUAACUCCCAAGUGGUCCCUUACAGUAAGCACCAGGAAGUGGAAUCCCGUAAGACUGGUGGUUUUGAGCUUGGGGAAAUUCACACGCGAGAGCAUAGGCGUACCUAAUCACGAUGUGGGUUUGUAUGUCUGAUUUUCAGAUGAAAUGCCUCCUAAAUGGAUCGUCUUUCAGAAUAACAGGAGAUAUUUGUUCGUUUGAGUUUCAUGCUCAUAUUGCCAUCUAAGGGGGAACAUGAAUUGUCCCAAUGUGGAUUUGUUUAUUGAUCCUCUCGCCACUUUGGAAGUCACCCUGUGAGUUUUGUGAGCAACAUGGGCCCCCGGAGCAGUUGGUAGUGGUGGGUGACUGAUUUGGGAUUCACAGUGGGUUUUUUUGGGGGGGGGCAUGGCUCAUUUGUAGGGGGUGAUCUUGUGACUUAUUUCCCCUUAAAGAAAACAUGAUCCCCAAAUGUAGCCAAUGGGAGGGGGUAAGUGGCCAAUAUUCAAGGUUUCACCGUUGUCUUUCAGGAGACGGAUGGUACAAAAAAGGCUUCUAUUACAUCAGAUAAAUUCUAAAGGCAAACACAUCAUUAGUUGGAAGGAAAAUGGAGUUGCCAGUGACAGACUGGUAUCUCGGUCGGCCUCCGACUUGAGAUCGUAGAGGGCAGUCGUGAGAGACGCUGCCAAGUUAACAUUGAUGUUGCCCUAUCCCAAAUCGACCCCUCAGAGAGGCAUGAGUGAGUCGUAAAGCAACAUCCACAUUGCCUUGUGAAUUUUCACCAUGUUGUUAUACCAAUCGAAUCCUCUCAGAUUUACACCAGGGCUUAAACAGGGGGAUUUGGGAUGGGCAUGUUUCAGUAAAAUGUUCAGACUUAAGAGGUAUGAUAACUCUGGUUUGGUUGGUGUGGCUAGGUGUUGCUCAAAGUAAUGAGUGAUGUAUUUUUAAAGAACAAUGGGCAAGCUGAAAGCGAUAUUAACUCGUCAUUAAGUAGAGCACAAUUUUGUUCGAUUGUUUUAAAAAAAAUUCAAAACUAAGUGAAGGGCAAAAUCUGAACCUUUACUGGGUAAAUUGUGAUUGAGCCACUGAUUUAGAAAAAAUUAUGAGUUAUGGGCAAGCUGAUUUGUAGGUCAGUCAAAUGACAGUCACCUCCAGUCAUUCUGAUCUGGUUGAACAUGGACAUUGUUAACCUCUUGAUAAAAAUCAUUGCAAACACCUGCCGAUUGAGCUAUAAAUAACUUUGUAUGAUAAAUAAUAAUGACUCAUAAUUUGUCUAUGAUACAUUGUGGGUUUGAUCCACUCAAACACAGCAAAUGUCUUUGUUCUGAACAUUGAAGAUAGAAAUGCUAUGAAAAGAACUGAUUGAUACACGACAGAGCAGCAUGUAUGUUUUUCAUAAUGUAUUUCUAUCCAAAUGGUGCACACUGAACAUGAUUCCUUUUGAAUGGAAUGGGUUUUUCUUUGAAAUAUGCAUAUUAAGAACAUUCAGAAUUACAGAUUUUUUUAAACCAAAUAUAAUGGUAAAAUGAGACUAGAAAUAAUUGAGACAGUCAAUACUGUACCCUAAAUAAGCUUUUAUUUUAAUUUCUGGUUGGAAAGGGAAUUUACCUUUUCAAAAAGUUCAACUUCAAACAGUAUUUUUAUCUCAGGCUGGACCAGAAAUCCUUGAGCAUCUUAAAUGAGUGGGGAUUCUAGAUCAGCACUUCGACUUAAUCUUAAUGAAAAGUAUAUGUAAAUAAGCAAUACAUGUUAAACAUAGAAAUGUAAUUACUAGAAAAGACAUCCCCAUUCAAUGGUAUAAAGGGAUUUCUCGUUUCAUUCUCAUUCCAUUCAAAGGUCAUACUAUUUCAAAUGUUUCCCUACAGCAUUCAUAGAUUUGCUUACUAUUGGAUUAGUGAAAGGGAUAUUAAAAAUGUCACCUACAUGUUCAAGUGUAAUAAAAAAUCAAAAGCAAAUUAA